ACGUACCAGUGAAAGACGACGUGAAGAAGGACACGCGCUGUACGUUCAACGCGAGCAGCGAACGGUGCCACGCAGUAGCCUGACAUUCUGAACGGUCCCCCAUCAUGACGGACGACACCCCCGCCAUCGGUAUUGAUCUUGGCACCACUUAUUCUUGCGUUGGAAUAUUUCAGCACGGAAAGGUGGAGAUUAUCGCCAACGACCAGGGGAAUCGAACGACGCCAAGCUAUGUCGCCUUCACGGACACCGAACGACUCAUCGGUGACCCUGCCAAGGCCCAGGUGGCCCUGAACCCCGAAAACACGGUGUUCGGCUCCAAACGUCUAAUCGGACGGACUUUCGAUGAUCCAAAGAUCCAGGAAGAUUUGAGACAUCUUCCGUUCACCGUCGUCAAUGACAACAAUCAACCCAAGAUCAAGGUAACCUACAAGGGCGAAGAGAAGGUGUUUAACCCCGAAGAGAUUUCUGCUAUGAUCCUGACGAAGAUGAGAGAGGUAGCCGAGGCGUACUUAGGGCAGAAGAUAACCUUGGCCUGCGUUACAGUUCCGGCUUAUUUCAACGACUCCCAAAGGCAGGCGACGAAAGAUGCUGCCACUAUCGCCGGCCUGCACGUUCCAAAGAUCCUCAACGAACCCACGGCCGCUGCUUUGGCGUAUGGUCUCGACAAAAUCACGGCCGGUGAAAAGAACGUCCUUAUCUUUGACCUGGGAGGAGGAACCUUCGACGUCUCCCUGUUGACCAUCAAGGAUUCUCAAACAUUCGAUGUGCUGGCCACAGCUGGAGACACGCACUUAGGAGGUGAGGACUUUGACAGCAGGCUAGUUGACUAUUUCCUGGAAGAAAUCAAGAGGAAGUUCAAGGCAGAUAUCGGUGACAAACCGAGGGCAGUGCGACGGUUGAGGACUGCCGCUGAGAGAGCCAAGCGAAUCUUAUCCAGCACUGCCGAGACCAGCAUAGAGAUCGACGCUCUGUUCGAUGGAAAUGAUUUCUACACAAAGAUUACUCGUGCGCGUUUCGAAGAUCUGUGCCUGGACCUUUUCAAGAGUACGUUGAGCCCCGUCGAGAGGGUGCUAGAAGAUGCCAAGCUGGAAAAAGCCAAAAUUGACGACGUAGUGCUUGUCGGCGGUUCCAGUCGUAUUCCGAGAAUACAGAAAAUGAUCCGGGAGUUCUUUAACGACAAGGAACUUUGCCAGAACAUCAACCCGGAUGAAGCUAUUGCCUACGGAGCUGCUGUCAGUGCAGCUGUAACUGCCGGUGACAAAGACGACAAGAUUAAAGAUGUGAAACUUCUUGACGUUGCUCCACUGUCCCUCGGUAUCGAGACUGCCGGAGGGGUCAUGACAAAGAUUAUUGGUCGUAACACCAAGGUUCCGUGUAAGACUUCCAAGCCUUUCACCACUUAUUCGGACAACCAGACUGGCGUCACCAUUCAGGUGUAUGAAGGCGAAAGGACCAUGACCAAGGACAACCACCAUCUAGGACGCUUCGAGCUCACGGGCAUCCCGCCUGCUCCUCGUGGAGUGCCCAAGAUUGAAGUCACGUUUGAGAUCGACAUGAACGGCAUAAUGAACGUCUCGGCCCGAGAUGAGAGUACGGGGCACGCGCAGUCCAUCUGCAUAACCAACGAGAAGGGCAGGUUAUCCGACGCAGAGAUUGACCGCAUGCUGAAGGAGGCGGAGAAGUACAGACUAGAAGAUAUCGCUCAACGAGAGAAGGUUGCAGCCAAGAACUCCUUGCAGAGCUACGCGUUCAGCGUUCAACAAGCCAUUAAGGAAGUCAUCAGCGACAAGAUAAGCGCUGAAGAGAAAGAGAAGGUGCUGAAGUGCUGUCAGGAAGCGAACCGCUGGCUUGACGACAACAUGGAAGCUCCCGCGCAUGACGUGCAGGCUAAGCUCAAAGAGGUACAAGAAGUCUGUUCCCCGCUCAUGAUAAAGAUGCACAUGGGCUAAUAUGGUGUUGAAUGUAGUAGAAAAAUUGCUCAGUGUAGGCGGUAGCUAAAGAAUUAAAGGAAUUGGAUGUAA